CGCGCUCGGGGGCGCGCUCGGGGCCGCGCCAGGCCACGGCCAGCGCGCCGCAGCCCCCGGCGGCCGAUCGGAGCCCCGCGGACUUGCGAUCGGAGCCCUUGAGCCGCGCGGAGCGGAGCGGCCCGCGGCUGAGACAGAAACAGCCUCCGCCAGUCAAGAAGCCCUCAGAAGCUCCUUGCCAUGGACCUGGAAGAUGAAGAGAACAUGAGUAAGACCUCGGCCCGCCACGUGGUCCCGAGCGCUGGUCUCCUGGGUUCGAGCACAGAUGUUAAGGAAAACUGCGGUCUGGACGGCGCGCCCCCCGCGGACGGCAGCGCCCCGGGGCCGGGCGAGGGUGCCCCUCUCUCCAACGGGGGCGGCGGGGGCGGCGGGGGCGGCGGCAGGAAGCGGCCCCUGGAGGAGGGCAGCAACGGCCACGCCAAGUUCCGCCUGAAGAAGCGGAGGAGGGCGCCAGGGCCGGCGCUGCCCAAGAACGCGCUGAUGCAGCUCAACGAGAUCAAGCCCGGCCUGCAGUACACGCUGCUGUCGCAGACGGGGCCCGUGCACGCGCCCCUGUUCGUCAUGUCCGUCGAGGUCAACGGACAGGUGUUCGAGGGCUCCGGCCCUACCAAGAAGAAGGCCAAGCUGCACGCGGCCGAGAAGGCGCUGCGGUCCUUUGUGCAGUUCCCCAACGCCUCCGAGGCCCACCUGGCCAUGGGCCGGACCCUGUCUGCCAACACGGACUUCACGUCCGACCAGGCCGACUUCCCCGACGCCCUCUUCAACGGCUUCGAGACCCCGGACAGGUCGGACGCGCCCUUCUACCUGGGCUCCAACGGCGACGACUCCUUCAGCUCCAGUGGGGACCUCAGCCUGUCCGCGUCCCCCGUGCCCGCCGGCCUGGCCCAGCCCCCGCUGCCCAUACCCCCGCCCUUCCCGCCCCCGAGCGGGAAGAACCCCGUGAUGAUCUUGAACGAGCUGCGCCCGGGACUGAAGUACGACUUCCUGUCGGAGAGCGGGGAGAGCCACGCCAAGAACUUUGUCAUGUCCGUGGUGGUGGACGGUCAGUUCUUCGAGGGCUCGGGGAGGAACAAAAAGCUGGCCAAGGCCCGGGCCGCGCAGUCUGCCCUGGCGACUGUCUUUAACUUGCACUUGGACCAGACCCCGUCUCGCCAGCCCAUCCCCAGCGAAGGCCUUCAGUUACAUUUACCACAGGUGUUAGCCGACGCCGUGGCCCGCCUGGUUCUGGAUAAGUUUGGGGACCUGACGGACAACUUCUCCUCCCCUCACGCGCGCAGGAAAGUCCUUGCUGGAAUCGUCAUGACGACAGGCACGGACGUCAAGGAUGCCAAGGUGAUAAGUGUCUCCACAGGGACGAAGUGUGUUAACGGCGAGUACAUGAGCGACCGGGGCCUGGCGCUGAAUGACUGCCACGCGGAGAUCAUAUCGCGGAGGGCCCUGCUUCGGUUUCUCUACACGCAGCUGGAGCUUUACUUAAAUAACAAAGAUGAUCAAAAAAGAUCCAUCUUUCAGAGGUCGGAGCGCGGAGGCUUCAGGCUGAAGGACAGCGUCCAGUUCCACCUGUACAUCAGCACCUCCCCCUGCGGCGACGCCCGGAUCUUCUCGCCGCACGAGCCGCUUCUCGAAGAACCAGCAGACAGACAUCCGAAUCGGAAAGCCAGAGGGCAGCUACGGACAAAGAUAGAGUCCGGCGAGGGGACGAUCCCGGUCCGCUCGAACGCGGGCAUCCAGACAUGGGACGGGGUGCUGCAGGGGGAGAGGCUGCUCACCAUGUCCUGCAGCGACAAGAUGGCCCGGUGGAACGUGGUGGGCGUCCAGGGCUCCUUGCUCAGCGUCUUCGUGGAGCCGAUCUACUUGUCCAGCAUCAUCCUGGGCAGCCUGUACCAUGGGGACCACCUCUCCAGGGCCAUGUACCAGCGCAUCUCCAACAUAGAAGACUUGCCCCCCCUCUACACCCUCAACAAGCCUCUGCUCAGCGGCAUCAGCAACGCGGAGGCGCGGCAGCCUGGGAAGGCGCCCAACUUCAGUGUCAACUGGACGGUGGGCGACGCGGCCAUCGAGGUCAUCAACGCCACCACGGGGAAGGACGAGCUGGGCCGCGCGUCUCGCCUGUGUAAGCACGCGUUGUACUGUCGCUGGAUGCGUGUGCACGGCAAGGUUCCCCCCAGCUUACUGCGCGCCAAGAUCUCUAAGCCCAACGUGUACCACGAGUCCAAGCUGGUCGCCAAGGAGUACCAGGCGGCCAAGGCCUGUCUGUUCAGGGCCUUCCUCAAGGCCGGGCUGGGCGCCUGGGUGGAGAAGCCCACGGAGCAGGACCAGUUCUCACUCACACCCUGACGGUGCAGUGCGGCCGGACCCUCACACCUGGACCGGGGAGGGUGGGGCGUGGGGGGGGGCUGGCGUCGGGGCCCCGCCGGCAUCUCUCCACGGUGGCAUCUCCCCUUCUGAAUUCUCCAGUGAUUGCUUUCAAUCUCAGUUUACAUUUAGAAAUUGAGUUCUACUGAGUAGGGCUUCCUGAAGUUUAGGAAAAUAGAAAUUACUUUGUGUGAAAUUCUUGAAUAAUUAACUUAUUCAGAACUAGGACCAUGGUUUAUAAAAUAAGGAGUAAUUGGUCAGGUCACUCUUGCACCACAUUAUUUUCAUUGCAAAACAGCAUUUCAAUGUGGAGGAGGCGAGGAAGCAGAGAGGGUAGGAACCUGAGGGAACCGUCCCACAGUGGCGCCAGGCCCCGCCCGCAGGCGCUGGCCGCGGCCCUCUCCCUCCCCCACCCCCGAGUCCCACAGCACAGCGGCUCCCGGCGGCCCUGCAGCCUUCAGCCUCCUCUAGAAGCUUCUGUGUCCCUCGUAGGGCCACAUCGUGGGCAAAACAGGGCCAGUCGCCCUGGCCCUUCCUUCAGGCUUUUUAAACAGCGUUUACCUUUGCGGGACUAGAAGGAACCCCAGGGCGGUGGCACGGGGAGCAGCCCUCUGCAUCUCCCUCUGAGUGCAGAGGGAGAUGUGACCUUCGCCCCAGGAUCGUCAUGAGGGGACGAGUGAAGUGAGUGGACACUCAUUCCUGGAAAAGCCACUGAAGCUGUGUUUUAGAGUAUCCUUUCCAGCUUUGUGGAAGACGCGGGUGACGUGUCGGACGGAUUCAGGCUGAGAGCAGGCCAGGCUGCACGCUGUGGUGAGGGUCCCACCAGGGCUGAGGUCGAUGUCACGGCAGGGACAGGUGCUGCUGGUGCCUGGGGCACCCAGGGCGCUGCCCAGCACCCCACAGCACCCGGCUGGCCCCAGGGUGGGCGGGGUCAGAGGUCGGGGCAGCGGUGCCCCCCCCCGCCCCGAGCUGGAAGACCCGCGCCCCUGCCAAGCUGCUUCCUCCCAGGACCUGGGCCUGGGCUCCUGCCCUUUGCCGACUCAGCCCCAAUUCCCGGUUCUGGGGGUGGUGUCGUGGGUGCCGCAGGCAAAGAGAGGCAGAUCCCUCCACAGCGAAGUCCAGGCACCAAGCUGUGUGCCCGGGUGUCCCAUGCCCUCCAUGGGCAGGAGGGAAAUGACCGCUGUCGUUGUGCCCAGGCCCUGUGCACUCAGAGCGGGGCUGAGCCCAAGCGCUGUGCCUCUGGUGUCCCCGUGUCCCCCGCAGACUUGAGGUGGUGCACCCGUGGGCGGGAGCAGGGCAGGGUUCCCGCUGCCGGGGCGUCCAGGUUACAGGAUGAGGGCCGCUCACGCCACCUGCCCCUCCUGCCCCUCACCCGGCAGGGGCUCGGGCCCUCAGCACCCAGGGCACCCAGUUUGGUUCCACCAUGAAGGGAAAGGGGUCUGGCGCCCCCCGACUGCCCCGCCCCGUGGGCUCCCGUGCACUCAGAGAACACCUGUGGCCCCUGCAUUUUCACUCUUGUCUCUGUAAAUGGUAUUUUUUCUAAUGGGGAGAGGGAGAUGGACUUACUUUUUAAAAAAUAAGGGGAUUUUGGUCACAAAGUCCAGUGGAAUGAUGCUGCACACACGCGUGAAUGUGCGGGGCGCCCGGCUUUUCCCUCUGACCUGAGCGUGGCCCCCUCCCCGCCCCCGGGGGAUGAAUGCCUCGCGGUCCUCGCGGUCCCCAGCUGUGUGCAGCUGCCUUCCCCAGGUCAGACUUGUGCCUUGUCCAGGACAGACCUGGCGAGGGCUCAUGCCCCGAGAGCACCAGGCCCGGGAGGAUGCUGGGGGCCGGGCGGCGCGGGUCGGGCUUGGGGUGGGGGAUGCAGGCGGGCCCUGGGCUGGGCGGGAGGAAGCGACGCCUCAGACGGGGCAGCUGGAGCAGCUCCCCUGCGGGCAGGGAAGGGAAGGAAAUGUCACCCCUCCGUGAGGCAAAUCAGGGGACUCCGCCUUGACCCCACCCCCAGUGCUCGCCAUGCACCCCGUAUAGGACUGCCUGGGUGUUACUUUGUACCCAGGGUCCUUAUUCUGGGUUUUAGAGGGAGCUUAGAGAAUCUGACACAACCAAGAACUUGAUCUCUUGAGAACAAUCGAGUUUUGAGGACAUUUUGACCAGCAGGGGUUGGGAGGGUUUCCGUCCUGCCUUGUUGGCUAAACCUGGGCUGUGAAUCCUGCGGAGACACUGGCCGUCCUGCAGUGCCCGGGCGCCCUGGGCAGCCGACUGUGGGCAGGACGGCCCACGUUGGAGAGAAGUCUCGUUUUGUGACCCAGGCCAGGGCCCACCUGGGGGCCGAGUGGGGGCCGCUGUGCCCGCUUUCCUCAGCCCUCCCCCCGCCCGCCAGGGCCGGGCCCCCAUCCCCCCAGGCAGGGACCCCCCCCCCCCACAGGCAGGGACACCGGAGCCCACGGCCACGACUCAGUCCUCGCUGGACCUUUCACCUUUGCCUGUCUCGGAGGCUUUUGUUACAUCAGAAGCAAUUAUGUCUUAAAGAGUACACGCCAGAUUCCCGCAAGGCAUUAAUUUCUGUGGAAUUUAUUUUAUUUAAAUAACCUUGUUGCUCUCCAGACGCUACAAUCACGGCCUUCCUGGUGGUCUGACGCGGGCCUGGCCCGUCCCCUCGGGGCAGGCAGAGCGGGAGGAGCCAGGCAGCGCUGGGAGGGGGGCUGCCCGCCUGCCCUUUUCCUCCAAAAACAAACAAAAACAAAAAGAAGCAUCUGGGUUUUUUCAUUUCUAAAAUAGUUUACACCAAAAUACAAGGUCUCUCCCAACCAUAAGCUUGAUUGAGCGUGAGGAGUAAAAUUAGCUCUAAAUUCUGUGAAAUUGGUGAAUCUCUCAGAAGGUUUCUUUUUAUCAAAAGGAUACAGACGGGAAGGGCAGAGUGCUGCGAUCACGUGUGUCCAGUUCUGUGUGUCCCUGUCCCCGGCGUGUCCCGUGACGGCCCCCUGGGCUCUGCGCACCCACGGCCUGGAGGGGGAGGGUCUGACUCGGUCCUGACUGAGCGCCUGUUCCCGGCAGCGUCUGCACCGCCCCGUCCGCUGUUUGCAGGAACGAGCCCUCAGCCCCAGGGAUUCUCUCAGGGUGGGCUGGUGACUCGUCAGGGACCAGGGCCGUCCUUCCGGACACAGCCACCAACGGCCAGAGGCAGCCUGUGUGGGGGCUAUCCAUGGAGUCGGCCCCGAAAGCUGUUUGCUUCUCCAGACUUUGAGUCACAUGCUUGUAAUUCUGUUUCUGAAUCCGGACACUGUAUGAAUGUAAUUCAGCCAAGAGCCCUGUCCCCGAGGCGCCUCCCCAUGUCCUCUGUGUGCGUGCUGACGUGACCACCUGCAUGAGCUUCCUCCGUGCCGCGAGCGGCCAGAGCGAGCAUGAGACGCUGUCACGGAGACAGGACCGGAGAUGUUCUCAAUAAAACCAUGUCUCACUGCUGCA